UGUUUUUUAGGCAGUCCCCCCCUUUGUUAAAAAAAAGAAAAACAAACCCACUCUGCAACAAACACAAGCUUGCGAAGCGCUUCUUCACACAUUAGUUUUCUCAGUUCGAAGAUCCAAUCCAUAACCGAAAUUAGGUUUCCGCCGAUAUAUUUCCUCAACUUCUUAUUUUAUAGAUGCAUAAUCGAGGGAGGUUUCCACCGGGUAUUGGCAACGGCCGCGGCGGCGGAGGUGGUCCUGGCGGUGGUGGAGGUGGCUACGGGACAGUAAACCCUAACUAUAACGGCAAUUCUGGUUACCAGAACCGGAAUCCUCACUAUCCACAACACCAAUUUCAACAGCAGUAUGGUCACAGACCGGCGCAGAAUCAGCAAUAUCACCAUCAUUUUCAGCAGCAACAGCAACACCAGCAGCAGCAGCAACAGCAACACCACCAGCAGCAGCAACAACAACAACAACAGCUCUGGCUGAGACGGAACCCCAGCGCAACCGCCUCUGAUUCUUCCGCUAAUGAAGUUGAGAAAUCUGUACAGCCCGUCGCUUCUGAUUCCAGCUCACAAGAUUGGAAGGCUCAAUUAAAGUUACCACCAGCUGAUACUCGUUAUAAAACAGAGGAUGUUACCGCAACUAAAGGAAAUGAAUUUGAGGAUUACUUCUUGAAGCGUGAAUUGCUUAUGGGAAUAUAUGAGAAGGGUUUUGAAAAGCCUUCUCCCAUCCAGGAAGAAAGUAUUCCUAUUGCUCUCACUGGAAGCGACAUUCUUGCUAGAGCAAAAAAUGGUACUGGAAAAACUGCCGCGUUUUGUAUCCCUGCAUUAGAGAAAAUUGAUACAGAUCACAAUGUUAUUCAAGUUGUAAUACUUGUACCAACAAGAGAAUUAGCGCUUCAGACAUCUCAAGUGUGCAAGGAGCUGGGGAAGCACUUGAAUAUACAGGUUAUGGUUACCACUGGAGGAACCAGUUUAAGAGAUGAUAUAAUGCGUUUGUAUCAACCAGUACACUUGCUUGUUGGUACUCCUGGCAGAGUUCUCGAUCUUGCCAGAAAAGGCGUGUGUGUUUUGAAAGAUUGUGCAAUGCUUGUUAUGGAUGAGGCAGAUAAACUCUUAUCCCCAGAAUUUCAACCUUCUGUGGAGCAGUUAAUAUCCUUUCUUCCUGCUAAUCGACAAAUCUUAAUGUUCUCGGCUACAUUUCCAGUGACCGUGAAAGAUUUCAAGGACAGAUAUCUAAAAAGACCCUAUGUUAUUAAUCUCAUGGAUGAACUUACGCUCAAAGGUAUUACACAGUUUUAUGCUUUUGUGGAAGAAAGACAGAAGCUUCAUUGCCUCAAUACUCUUUUCUCAAAGCUACAAAUAAACCAAUCAAUUAUCUUUUGCAACUCUGUCAACCGAGUGGAGUUGCUUGCAAAGAAAAUUACGGAGUUAGGUUAUUCUUGCUUCUAUAUUCAUGCCAAGAUGUUGCAAGAUCACAGGAACAGAGUGUUUCAUGAUUUCCGCAAUGGUGCUUGUCGGAAUCUUGUAUGCACUGAUUUGUUUACCCGGGGAAUAGACAUUCAAGCAGUAAAUGUUGUGAUAAAUUUUGAUUUUCCCAAAAAUUCAGAGACCUAUCUACACAGGGUAAUGUAUAUGAGAUUUUAGCUUGCAGAGUAUACUGGUUUCUACUUUUCAUUUGAUUGCUUGGAUUUCUGUUUCAGGUCGGUCGUUCUGGACGAUUUGGGCAUCUUGGGCUCGCCGUGAACUUGAUAACAUACGAAGACCGUUUCAAUUUGUAUAGGAUAGAGCAAGAGCUUGGAACUGAAAUAAAGCAGAUUCCUCCUCAUAUAGACCAAGCGAUUUACUGCAGGUGACUUAUGUAGCUGAUAGUGGUGAGAGAGAAAAACUAGAGCUAACUAUUCAGGAAUGUGUAUCUCGGCUUGCCAUGGUGAAAGAGCGAGCCAUAAGCUUAAGCACAAUUUGGGCUACAUGUUAGCAUCUUCUCCAGUGUCUGCCGGGGGGGCGGGGCAUCAUUACAACCCUGAAGAUUGGAUGUUCUGAAUCAGAAUGCAGUCCCAGUCUUUGUUUGAUUUUUUUGUUUUUCUUUUUUUCAUCAGAAUGCACACUGAUGAAAUUGUGUAGGAUUCAAGCAGCACAUUGCAAGAUGAUGUGGGUUUAAUUUGUUAUGGAUUUUCUUUUGGGUGGGGGUGGGGGAGAGGAGACUUCUUUUACACGAUUCAUAAACAUGGUUAUCGAGCAAAUCUUAGGUCCUGUAUCGUUUGAACUUUUUCUAUCAUAGUUAUUCCUGGACCCUGUUUUGACCUGGUUUAUGUUUUUUUGGGCUCGUUUUUAU